UGAGGCGCAGAGAAGCAAAGUGACUUGGAUGACGAGGACGGACCCGCUUUUGGUCCACGUAGCUGGGAUAUUUCCGGCCCAGGAGCCCCCCUGCCCAGCGUCAACGGUGCCGUCUCCCGCGCCCUGCCCUGCGUCCUCUAAAGCCGGAGCCCGGCCGCCCGCUCUUACUUGGAAAUGUGUCGGCAGUACAGCAUCUUAAGGAUCCGGAGGCCCUUGCAGCCCUUCCACAGGGCUUUAAUGGUCUUGUCGCUGAGGUGGAUGCAACCGGAGAUGUCCAGGCUGUGCAGGCCGCACUGCUUCGAACACAAAACCCAGCGAAGCCUCUCCUGGGUCCCUCCCAUGACUGCCGCAGGCCUCGUUUCCUUGAGAAAAUAAAGUUGGAAGAAAAGGAAAGCAAGGCGGACCUCCGGGCCCGACUAACUCAAUCAUUUGGCCCGGCGCACCAACUUCCCUCCUCUGUGACGUUCAGCACGUACCCUCGGACAGCCGGCGAUAUUGAGAGCUGUCAGCCUGUGGCAACAAAUGGCCACGUUUUUCACCAUUUCGCAGGACAGCUGGAGGCAAUAAGAGACAUCCAGAUCCCGGAUCUGGAGCGGCAGAUCGUCUCCCUACUCCCAACCGCAAAUCUGUCUGUUGCGUUAGCCAACGGAUCCCGGUUUUCUGCGACUGUGACCCUCGGCUGGCUGAGCGCCAAAGCCUUUAUUCCUGGAUGAAAAAAAUGCAAGCAGCUGUGGCCGUGUAAUUCAAAACCUCUGCAUAGUUCUCUGCAGGGGCUUGCCUGCGUUCGUUUGAGGGCUGGAUGCGGGCGAGAAACCCCUCUCCUGCAGCUCGAGAAGGACAAGCAAACCUGAACGCAGCCAGAAAGAUCCAAGUAGCUGAGCCGUGAGCAUCCUCUCCCGGACGCCAGGUACCGUAAGCCGUGGUCGGUGAACCUCCUGCAGAAAGCCAAGCUGAGGCCAGCCCAAAUCCCAACUGCGGCUCAGCGUUCCUGAAGCACCUCGGUGAAAAAUCAUCCAACCCCCGACUUCCAAGGAAUAUUUUCUCUCCCCUCCUCCCUCCCCGUGUCACCCAGAGUGACUGGGGCCAACAGGAUGCAAGCGCUCACUAUCGCGAUUCUACUUUUCUUCUGUAAAGCGGCGGAGCUCCGGAAGACGGGCCCGGGGACCUCAAGGAGCAAAGCCCAUCACGGGAGGGUGAAUGGAGAGCGGAGAGCCUGGAGUCCCGUGAAGCGUUACGCGCCGGGCCUGCCCUGUGACAUCUACACCUACCUACACGAGAAAUACUUGGACUGCCAAGAGAGGAGACUGGUCUACGUUCUGGCCGGCUGGCCCGAGGACCUGAUCCACAUGCUGCUGGCGAGGAACAAAAUCCGCACGCUGAAGAACGGUAUGUUUGCCAGGUUCCGGAAACUGAAGAGCCUGGAUCUUCAGCAGAACGACAUCUCCAAGAUCGAGACGGACGCCUUCUUCGGCCUCAGCCGACUCACCACCCUCUUGCUCCAGCACAACCGGAUCAAGGUUUUGACCGAGGAGGUGUUCAUUUACACGCCCCUCUUGAACUACCUGCGCCUCUACGAUAACCCCUGGCGCUGCACGUGUGAGAUGGAGACCCUCGUGACGAUGCUGCAGGUUCCGAGGAACAGAAACCUGGGCAACUAUGCCAAGUGCGAAGGUCCAGAAGACCGGAAGGAUCAAAAGCUGAAGGAGCUCAGGGCGGAAGAGCUGUGUAACGAAGACCAGAAACCACCGAGCCCGAGAAAUCAGGUCGCCGGGAAGCCGCCCGUGAUCAAGCCGGACGUCGACUCCUCUCUCUGUCACAUCUAUGUUUUCCCCAUUCAAACACUGGAUUGCAAGAGGAGAGAGUUACGCAAAAUUCCCACCAACAUUCCUCCUGACAUUGUUAAACUGGAUCUGUCGAACAACAAAAUCAGCCAACUGCGACCCAAGGAGUUUGAAGAUGCUCAUGAACUGAAGAGGUUAAAUCUCAGCAGCAAUGGAAUCGAAUUCAUAGAUCCCGCUGCCUUUUCAGGACUCACACAUCUAGAAGAACUGGACCUGACGAAUAACAGUCUGCAAAACUUUGACUACGGCGUUCUGGAAGACCUGUACUUUUUGAAGAUCUUGUGGCUGAAGGAUAACCCUUGGAGAUGUGACUACAACAUUCAUUACCUCUAUUACUGGCUCAGGCAUCACUACAACGUUCACUAUAACGGUUUGGAAUGUAAAGCCCCCAAAGAGUACAAAGGGUGGUUUGUUGGAAAAUAUGUCCGGAGUUAUUUUGAGGAAUGUCCCAAAGACCUGCUGCCUUCCUACCCUGACCAGGACCCGGAAGAAGAAGAAUGGGACAAAAUACAUAAGGAGCACAUAGCAAAGACACAAGGUGUAAGAAUUACUGUCAUAGGUUAGCGUAGAGAUCGUUCUGGUUGGUAACGACGCGUCUGAAGUAUUUGGUCUCCGGGUGUUGGAAAACCUCUUCUUGUUUACAUUUUGGUUAACCGUGUUAUCUGUCUAUGAAAGAAUGUCCAGCUAAGGAAUUUUUUGGUAUUAUGAUGAUUCUAGUUAUUAAAAAAGGGAAGCGAUCUCAAAACCGGUUUACUCUUAGGAAACCGCUAGAUGCACAGCCAUAGGAAGCAGAAGGUGUUUGACUCUUGAAACGUAUAUGGGGUUGUGUCCCAUAUCAUGACAUUAAUCAAUCAAUCAUAUUUAUUGAGUGCCUACUAUGUGCAGAGCACUGUACUAAGCACUUGGGAGAGUACAACAGAAUUAGCAGACAUGUUCCCUGCCCAUAACGAGCUUAUAAAUCUACACUUUAUUUCAUGGAAAAAAAAGCAUUUUAUUCCUUUUUUAAAAAAUCUUGGUUCUUCCUUACUGUGCAUUUGUUUAGCUGUUUGUAUAUAUACACGGAGCAAGGAAAUAAAAAUAGGUGGCUAUAAAUAGUGUUCCUUUUUUAAAAUUCUGAAUGCUGGAUCUCCUUUUCUGAUACUCACAUGGGCUUAGCAGUCUCUUGGGAAAACACGAAUGUUGUAACAGUUCUUUGGGCUUGAACUUUGCCUU